AUGCCGAGGGCUGUCAAGUGGCACAACAUCAGAAACCCGCUUGAUCCUGGGUACAUCCACGCCGUGCUCAUGUCCCCGGAGGAGUUCGAAUGGAGGCCUUAUGGAGGCAGUAGCUUUGCUCUGCCACAAAGCAAAGAUGGCAAAGAUGGCUGCUGGGUGCACUGCCAUGUUGUAGCAACAAGCAAGGAGCUGCAAUCCUUUGCGCAGUGUCUGCUACCUUGUGAACUCGUCGGCAUGCAAUGCAUCGAGCACUACUGUCCGCACCGCGUCGCAAGGCAGCUGGGCUUCGAUCAAGACGUGCCCGGGACUAUCCCCCGUGCCAAUUCAUGUCGAAAGACCGCGUGGGCGACAUACAGGAUGCGGCCUGAAGACGUUUCCUUUUUCGUUCCGCAACGUGAUCCGGGCAUGACGGUUGAAUAUGCACAAUGGUGGAAGCCUUACUCGUCAGCAUGUGCUGCUGCUGUUGCUAAUGCUGCAAGGAUGAAACAACUUCAUGCCGCAGUUAUUAGCCCAAGAACCAUGAAAGCUGAAGGGCUCCCUGCCCCUGCUGGUGUAGGAGAUGCGCAGGACUGCACCGAGUCGUCCAAAGAUAUCAUCAUGGUGCACAACAAUUGUGGUUAUGAGCUUGCUAAUAAUGUCCAAAGUGAUACCACUCCCAGUCAAGGAUCCACAGUUAAUAAAGUAACUCAUGUCACUAGUGUUGAUGUCUUUGUCUUAGAAGGAUCCAUUGAUGAUGAGGUGCAGACACACAAUGUCACAGAAAAGGAAGUUCAGAGAGCGAAGGUGGAUACAGAAAGCUCAGGUGUUUUGGAAGGAAACAAUGAUGAUGCAUCUUGUGAUGGUCUAGUGUAUGGAAACAGUGAAAUGGUCAAGAGAGUAAUUUCUACCAAAACACUCUACUAUCUUAGACCAUUCGAGUGGGUGAAAGAUGCCCAGGUCAGAGAUUCAAGAGCCACCAAUGCAGGUCAAGUGAUUCUCCAACCAGGACGGGAAGUCGGGACACCGGAAAUGAUUAGAGAGGCGUCUGAAGCUCGAGAAGCAGAAAAGGUUGAGUUGGAAACAAUAAUCACUCGUCUCAAGGAACAAGUUGUCGCGCUAGAGAUGCAGUUGCGGGACAGGACAACCUCUAAAAUUUGA